ACCACUUCCCUUAAAAAGUAAAAUACCAAUGGAACGAAAAUCCCAUCCGUACACGUGUAUUCAUACAACACUUCCGAACAGACUCCAACCUAAAUAACUUCACCGUGCACUCAAUAGUGAAAAAUAAGAUAGACACUCCCAAUAGACAGAAAAUCGUACUCUUUGCUUCUGCUUUGGAUUUUGUUUUCAGAGCUUACUCAGUGGAAAUGGUGGAUUCGACUAAACAGUGUUCUGUAAGGUCAAUUAAUCCAUGGGUUCUCCAUCUCCAGAAAUUGGGUCUCGAGCUUAAAUGCCCUUUAUGUCUAAACUUGUUAAAGCGACCAUUUUUGCUUCCUUGUGAUCACAUUUUCUGCAAUUCAUGUCUACCUGAAACGAAACAGUUUGGAUCACAGUGUCCUGUUUGCAAAGCUCAAUAUGUUGGCAAAGAUCUGAGGUUGUUGCCUUUCAUUGAAAACAUGGUAACAAUCUAUAGAAGUUUGGAUGCUUCUUUCUGUCCCAACCUGUUCCAAUCUAGCUCAUCUGACACUAGGAGUUUGGAGCAAUGCCCGACUUCAACCAGUGCAGAUUGCAAUGAUAAAUGUAAGGAGUCAUUUAAAGCUUCUCAGGAGGAUAAUUCAAGCAGUGGGAGGUCCAUGUUUUUGCAAACGGGCAAUAAGUUAGCUCAGGUUACAUUGAAUUGUCCUGUUGAAAAUGAGGUUCCAAGGAUUGAUAUGGAAGGAAAAUGUAAUAUGGCUAGAGGCCUUAAAGAUAAGGAGUAUGAGAUGGUUGGUAGUGCAGGAUAUGAAUGUGAUGGUGAGAAAAAUGUCAAUUCUCCACCUGUAAAUUCCCAGACAAGAGCUGUGGGAAUCCACGAGCGUGGGACUAUGCAAAUGGCCAUGAAUCAGGUGGAUACUUUGUCAGCUGGCAGCCCUCCAUUUAGUGAUAUUAAGAGUUCAGAAAAUGACAGUAAUGAUCAGUAUGGUGAUGAUAGUCCACAGAACUAUCAAGCACUGAGAUUGGCCAAGCGAAAUACUGGUGAAAGGACAAAAGAAGAUAGGCAUGGGGGUUCUGACUCUGGAACUGACAUAGGCAAUUUAAGGGAUUCAAAGAGACAUAAGAAGUUGAACUAUGGCCCAUUAAAUGCCUGCACAAAUGGUACCAGACCAAUUAGUUCUCAAGCUGAAAAUCUGGAAACUUGUUACUCUCAUUCAGAGCAUAAACCUUUGUCACUUGUUACUGAUGAGCCUCUUGCACCAUUCGAUGACUCAUCAGUGGUGAAAACUGUCUGUGGAUUUUGCCAGUCCUCCAGAAUCUCUAAGGAUACUGGUCCAAUGUUGCACUAUCUCAAUGGGAAGUCAGUGGAGGGAGAUGAAGCAUCUAUGCCCAAUUGCAUACACGUGCACAGGCUAUGUAUUGAAUGGGCUCCACAAGUCUAUUUUGUUGAUGAAACUGUUAAGAAUCUGAAGGCAGAAUUGGCCAGGGGUGCAAAACUAAAGUGCAGUGGAUGUGGGCUGAAGGGAGCUGCCCUAGGCUGCUAUCACAAAUCUUGCCGGAGAAGCUAUCAUGUUACAUGUGCAAUGGAAAUUGCUGGUUGCCGAUGGGAUUAUGAUAACUUCCUCGUGCUUUGUCCAUCUCAUUGUUCAGUCAGAUUUCCAGAUGAGAAAAAGGCCAAGUCCAAGUCCAAGAAACACAAGUUGGAAAAUCAUCAUGUGCCAACUCAAAUAACCACUCAACAACCUUACUUUUGGGCUGAAUCUAGUGGAGUAAAAGAAUGGGUUUUUUGUGGAUCUGCUCUGUCUUCUGAAGAGAAGUGUCUUUUGGUUGAGUUUGGUAGCAUGAUUGGUGUGCCUGUAACCAAAUUCUGGAGACCAAAUGUCACACAUGUCAUUGCAGCCACAGAUACUAAAGGGGCAUGCACUAGGACAUUGAAAGUUCUCAUGGCCAUUUUGAAUGGAAGAUGGGUCCUCACAAUAGACUGGGUGAAGGCAUGCAUGAAAGCCAUGUGUCCUGUCGAUGAAGAACCUUAUGAAGUUAGUCUUGAUAACCACGGUUGUCAAAAUGGCCCCAAAACUGGCAGGCUCGGUGCACUGGAUAAUGCACCGAAGCUCUUCAACGGCAUGAAUUUCUAUUUUUCUGGCGACUUUGUUUCGGGUUACAAGGAAGAUCUCCAGAAUUUGGUCAUUAAUGCAGGAGGCAACAUUGUGGAGAAGAAGGAAGAAUUAGUGGAACAAAGUCAUGACCAAGCAGCAGCUCCUUCAAGAACACUAGUGGUUUAUAACCUCGAUCCGCCACAAGGUUACAAACUGGGAGAAGAAGUUACAAUUCUCUGGCAAAGAUUAAAUGAAGCAGAAGAUUUAGCUGCUAAAAUAGGUUCUCAGGUGAUUGGACAUACAUGGGUUUUGGAAUCAAUUGCUUCAUAUAAAUUGCAGCCUUUUGUUAGCAUGCACAACAUUCGCAAUGGCCAUAUAUCUUAGCAUAAUAUGUAAAAGAUAGUAACCUUUUUGUUUUUUUGUUUCAUCCUGAGCCUUACUGUUAUAUGUUUAUUUUUUGUUAGAUUCAUUUCAGUAAAUGAGUUCAGGAUGUUGUAAUUUGCAUGAUUUGAAAAUGAAAUCAAAUUAGCUUUACUGGUGAGCAUUUAGCCAAUUCA